GGUCCAUUACAUUUACCGCACAAUCGUUCUGUAUUUUAAUGAAAUGAAAAUAAUAAUUUGUUUAAAAUAAAAUAGCUUCUUUACUAAACAAAACCGAAAAGUAAAAAACGUUGGUCGUUGAAAUGUCAACCAAAUUCAGUAUGCAAAUUUGACGGUUACAUGUUGGUAGGAUACGUCAUAGAUGUUUGAAAUACAAUAUUUCCACAUAGAACAUACUUGGAGGCUAUGCUACAGUAAUUCCCAUUCACUUGUUGCCCACACGUCACCGCCGUUUGCCACUAUUGCCUUAGGAAAUCUCAGACCCUGGGUCUCAGCAUUGCUGUUGUUCUUGAGUUCCCUAGGUCCUUCGGAUUCAACCCUAGAAUCACAAAUCGGAGCCUCUUUUGGUACGAGUGGACCAAUCAGCGACCGUCUUUGAUGAAUAUUCAUGAAUCCCCGAUUCAAACCUUUGAGGCGAGUUUGUCUAGAUCCACAGCAUCAUGCUUAGACUUUUCACAGAGACAAACUACAUUUUCUUAUGAAUGGAAAGUGAAAAAAUCAGAUCAGCUUAAAUUGGGAUCCAUCCUUCACUGAGAUCAUAGAAGAAACCAAAAGGAAGAGAAGGGAUCAGCCAGAAGAGAUGACAAUGACUACAAUGCCAGAAAGUCUUAAUAGCCCAGUCUCAGGAAAGACCGUUUUCAUGGAAUUCGGGCCACCAAGUCAACAAAUUUCGCCUUCCUCGAUGUCUCAUGGACACUACUCCAUGCAUUGUUUACAUUCUGCUGGUCAAUCUCAGCACGACAGCUCGUAUAAUACAGCUUCAUCCUUCCCUAGAUCUCUGGGUUACCCAUAUGUAAACUCGGUCGGUAGCCAUUCCUCAAGUCCUUAUAUCACUACCGUACAGCCGUACCAAAGCAGCUCCACACUUACCCAGACACGGUUAGAAGACACAGCACCAGAGACAGAGAAAAACACAGUUGUGGAAGGGGGCGAGGUCCGCUUUAAUGGGAAAGGGAAAAAGAUUCGUAAACCCAGGACUAUCUAUUCAAGUUUGCAGCUACAGGCUCUAAACCGACGGUUUCAGCAAACACAGUACCUGGCGCUGCCGGAGAGAGCCGAACUCGCUGCUUCUCUGGGGCUCACACAAACACAGGUAAAGAUUUGGUUUCAGAACAAACGAUCCAAGUUCAAGAAAUUGAUGAAGCAAGGCGGAGGCACAAUUGACACAAGCGCACUAGCCAAUGGACGAGGACUGUCCAGCGGUUCGCCCUCUGUUGCUCCAGUUUGGAACACUUCAUCCACUGUUAAAACGUCAGCGGGCACUCCGGGUUCAUACAUCCCCAGUUACACCUCAUGGUAUCCUACAGCACACCAAGAAGCUAUGCAGCAGCCGCAACUAAUGUGAACAGAAACAGUUAACCCCGCCCCUUCCCAGUCGUGGAUGGUCCCAAUCAGGGGAUCAUGGACCAGCCACACAAUGCGGCCCUGUAGCCUGGUCCGUUGUAGCCAAGCGCAGAUGUAAUGCGGAGCAUAUUCCCAAAGCUGACAACUGACGUAUCUGCCUCCUCACACGGACUGAACGCUCAGAGAACAGCCUGGAAGCAGAGACUGAACAGCAACCGUCUGCGCGGGAGGGCAGGAAGAAUGUCUUUUUUGUGUCCAAGACAGGAAGAGACAGAAGGAAAUAAUGAAAUUAAGGUCAUUUAAGCUGCUGUUCCCCAUUUCUAUGACCUCUUGCGUUAAAGAAAGUAUACGAAAUUUUAACAAGUCAGCGAGAGAAUGUGUGGACUUCAGAAUGUGUUUUGGUUGUUCUAGGUUAGACUUCUCUUCACUGUUAAAAUGCUAAAAAAAAUACUACAAUUCUGAAAUCGUCAAAAUUAGGCAAUGCUCAUUCUAUACAUGUAGAUUUAUUAAAAUGCAUUGAGGUGCCACAACUUCUAAAAUUUAGUGUUUACAUUUGAAUGCGGACUCACUCGCACGUACGCACGUGCACAAAUAGCCUAUAUUCGUAUUGGUUACAAACUGUAGUUGUUUUCAUGUGUUUGAUUUAUAUUAUUUAAAUUCGAUGUCCUAAAAUUUUGUAUGUUUACACCAUUCAAAGUGUGGUUUUACAGUAAUAAAAGAAUAAACAAAGAAAAUACGAAGAGCUGGAGGCAUGUGCUCUUUAAUAUUGCAUUUGACAAGAGCAACACUCAACGAAAGUUGAAUUACAGCAGCUAGUCCCUGGUACAUAACUCAACAUAUAGCCUAAUGUCGAAGAAAAUUAAGUGCUGAUCCUUUAAAGAGCAUUUUUUUGAAAAACAAAACAAAAACUAGUGAUGUCACUGCAACACGGACGUGCAAUGUACAGGCUGCUGUAUAUACACAUAUAUGACUAUGGGGUAGCUAUAUUUAGCUUUUUUGUUUGUCUUUGUGGCUGUUACUCAAGGCAUUGUGAAACAGAAUUCUACUUUAUGAAUAUGAAUGUGUUAAGUUUCAUGUGUUUAGCGUUCUUCAUGGAAAGGUUUAGUUUUAUAAUGUUCACGUUAAUUUAUUGAUUUCUAUUAUUAAAUUCUUUGUAUAUAGUGUGUAAAGUUCGAAUACAGUAAAAUAUGAUUUAAAAUAGCAA